UCGGACUUAACUUGUGUGAAUCAUGCCCUUUCUGAUUACGAGGCGCUUAUGGGCACUUAUAUCCUCCCUGUUCUCUCGCCACCGCCUUCUAACCAGCCUGUUCUUGUGGCUGGACAACGUUUAUCCACUGCUUCCGACUCUUCACAUCACGUCCUCUCACAAUCAUCCGCACCGUCUGAUUCGCCUAAAGGCAGUCCCGAUCUGAUGGGCUGGACAUCCCGAUCUGAAUUACUUUCUCCAGAUGCGUCGAUGACUUAUUUACAUAAAAAUAGUGAGUAUUUCACAUAA